UGCAGCUUCCCCUCCCGUGCUGCCCGCCGCAGCCGCUCGCCGCUGCAGCACCACCGCCGGCUCUCCCGGCCGAGCCCGUCCCCGGGCGCCGGCAGCGAGAGCGGGCAGGACCCCCCACAGCGGGGUCCAGAACAUGAUUCCCCCCUUUUAGCCGCUAAAACAACCUCUGCCUCUCGGGAAGGACAUCCCUCCCCCUCCAUCUCGCCUUGGGGCCGAGCGCCCGGAGCGGGGCAGCCCGGGGGGCCGCUGCUCCCCCCCGGGCCCGGGCGCGGCCGCGCUGAGGGGCCCGCGGAGCUCCCGCCGGCCCCAGGCUGCAUCCAGCCCCGGAGCAUCGCGGAAGGAGGAGGGGGGCGAAAACGGGUUUCACUUCCGCCUGGUUGCAGGAACCACAAGCCCCCAGAAUAUAUUAGAAUAAUAAUAAUAGAAAGGUUCCCCAUCACCAGUCCUUGUUUUUGUCCCCCCCCCCCCCCCCCGAAAAGAGAGGGUGGAGGGAGGAGGGGGAGAAAAAAACUAAAGGAGUCUCCCGGCAGGCAGAGCAAUGUGGAGCUGGUGAGGACCGCGACCGGCCCGCCAGCAUCCCGCCGGCAGCGCGGCCGCAGCCGGGAGGACGAGCGCACCCUCCCCAGCGCGGAAGAGGCCCGGGAGAAGGAGGCUGUGAGGGCUGCUGAAGAUGUCCGAUAGUCUGGAUAUUGAAGAGAAACCUCCAGCCCCACCGUUGAGGAUGAACAGCAACAACCGCGAUUCUUCAGCACUAAACCACAGCUCAAAACCGCUCCCCAUGGCCCCUGAGGAGAAGAACAAGAAAGCCAGGCUUCGCUCCAUCUUCCCAGGAGGAGGGGAUAAAACCAACAAGAAGAAAGAGAAAGAACGUCCUGAGAUCUCUCUUCCUUCAGACUUUGAACAUACCAUUCAUGUGGGAUUUGAUGCCGUCACUGGAGAAUUCACAGGCAUUCCAGAGCAAUGGGCAAGGCUACUACAGACCUCCAACAUAACAAAACUGGAGCAGAAGAAGAACCCACAAGCUGUUCUAGAUGUUCUCAAAUUCUAUGAUUCCAAAGAAACAGUUAACAACCAGAAAUACAUGAGCUUUACGUCAGGAGAUAAAAGCGCCCAUGGAUACAUAGAAGCCCAUCCUUCGAGCACAAAAACAGCAUCAGAACCCCCACUAGCUCCCUCUGUUUCUGAAGAAGAGGAUGAAGAUGAUGAUGAAGAAGAAGAUGACAAUGAACCUCCACCAGUUAUCGCACCACGGCCUGAACAUACAAAAUCAAUCUACACGCGCUCUGUAUUUGAACCUGCCGCUGCACCAGCACCAGCUAAAGAAGCCACCACUCCCCAACCUGAAAACUCAAACACAAGCACUUUGUACAGAAACACAGACCGGCAGCGAAAAAAGUCCAAGAUGACAGAUGAGGAGAUCCUAGAGAAACUGAGGAGCAUUGUGAGUGUGGGAGAUCCUAAGAAGAAAUACACUCGAUUUGAGAAAAUUGGCCAAGGGGCAUCAGGAACUGUUUAUACAGCAAUCGACAUCGCCACAGGACAAGAGGUGGCCAUAAAGCAAAUGAAUCUCCAACAGCAGCCCAAAAAGGAACUAAUUAUUAAUGAAAUCCUGGUCAUGAGGGAAAAUAAGAACCCCAAUAUUGUUAACUAUUUAGACAGCUACCUGGUGGGUGAUGAGCUCUGGGUGGUUAUGGAGUACUUGGCUGGCGGCUCUUUAACCGAUGUGGUUACAGAGACCUGCAUGGAUGAAGGACAGAUAGCAGCUGUCUGUAGGGAGUGCCUGCAAGCACUGGACUUCCUUCAUUCAAACCAAGUGAUUCACAGAGACAUCAAAAGUGACAAUAUUCUGCUCGGAAUGGACGGCUCUGUCAAAUUGACUGAUUUUGGCUUCUGCGCUCAGAUCACCCCUGAGCAGAGUAAACGGAGCACAAUGGUCGGGACUCCUUACUGGAUGGCACCAGAAGUGGUGACAAGAAAAGCAUACGGCCCCAAAGUGGACAUCUGGUCACUUGGGAUCAUGGCAAUAGAAAUGGUGGAAGGAGAACCUCCGUACCUUAAUGAAAAUCCUCUCAGGGCGCUGUAUCUGAUAGCUACCAACGGGACACCGGAGCUGCAGAACCCCGAGCGACUCUCCGCUGUGUUCCGAGACUUUCUGAACUGCUGCCUGGAGAUGGACGUGGACAGGAGAGGGUCUGCCAAGGAGCUGCUGCAGCAUCCGUUUUUAAAGUUAGCCAAGCCUCUCUCCAGCCUGACUCCUCUGAUCAUUGCAGCAAAGGAAGCGAUUAAGAACAGCAGCCGCUAGCGCUCCAGGCCGGUCUCCCAUGCCAGCUCAGAGCAGGACUGAGAACAGAGACUCUGUGAAACCUCAACUCUUGUGCUGCGGGACAGGAUGGAUGAACACACCAACGGUCACAGUCAUGGAGGUAGGAGGGAGAACAACCCAGUCCCUCGAGGAGUAAAACUUAUCAUUUGUCUUC